CUGGGCACCGUCACUGGAAUGUGGAAUUUCCACCACCGUUCUCCGAAGUCGGAGGUGUUUGGUCGCAGUUCAAAGACGCUUUAGUCCAGGAGCGGGCAGAGAUGUCUUUCCCCUUCCGAUUGCAGCCCUGACCUUGAGGGCGAGGCUUCCGCCGAUGCACUUGCAAGUCGGUACAACAUUUUGUCAAUUUGCCGCAAGCUUCAACAUACCUUUGGCACCCGGGCCCAUAGCUCAGCCAACACCCUCGCUCUGAACACCUUGCGCGUGCGUGCGUGUGCUCGCACACACACCCACGGUUCGGAGUUUAGUUUCUCGAGGCGUUUGUAUACGCGACACGGGCACCGAGGAGGACGGAGAGCGUCGUGGUGGUGUUGGGCUUCGCCGGGUGUUUGUGGACAGGCCCACCGGCAAAUCGCUCGAACGCCGACGGACUCGGUGGGUGUCGGUUCAAGGAAUAACGCUCUGAACGUCUUUCGCGGAGCAAAGCUUCGUUGGACAAGGUCCAACUCCUCUGCGAGCUCGGGCACCCUCAGCGAGCCGGCCGCCUCGGGCCAGAGCGCCGCGAGGCAAGGGCAGAACAAGCGCUACAGCCUGGGCUUCAUCCGGGGGAUGCUGCCCCGGGGUCGCAACCCGUCCUCCUCCUCCUCGACCGACAUCUCCCUGCAUGGCGGUGGCGGCCCGGGGGAUGCGAGGGGGGUCUCUCCCGGACCCUCCACGUCCCCCGGCUUGAACGGGGGGCUCCUGCCGUCGAAGCCGUCCGUCGUCAGGGUCUACGGGGACCUUAUCAGCCGCGGCACGCUCUACAAGGGCGUGCUCACGUCGCCCGACAGCAGCGCCCAUCAGCUGGUGCAGGAUGCUCUCUCGCGGUACGGGCUCGACCCGAGCCGCGCGCACGAGUACGUGCUGUGCGACGCCAUCGGGCGCCUGGAGGACGCGGAGUGCGCCUGGGUGGAGGAUGGGAACGGGUCGGAGGGGACGUCGUCCGAGGAGGCGCGUGUGUGGGUGCCGGAGUCGGUGCGCGCACUGGCCUCUAACGAGCGGCCGCUGGAGCUGCAGGCGCUGUGGAGGCCCAGCCCCGGGUUCUCGCGCCGAUUCCAGAUCCGACGGCGCUCGGGCAUGGAGCUCAGGGCCACGACAGGGCCGGCAGAGGUGUCCGUCUUUACCGAGACCGCUUCGUCGGACGACACGGACACCGACGCCACCGUCAUGCCCGCCGGGGUCGCCCUUCCCGGGCCCGGUGAUGGGGGGGCAGUGGUGACCAAACCAGGCAGCGGAGCAGCUGUCGGACAAACGGGGCCCACGGGGGAGAGAAACCGACUGUGCCACCGAUGCAACUCGGCUCUGGCGGACGAGCGGACGGGCAGCUCGGGGUCAACUUCUUUCCAGAACAACGUCCCGCCGGGCGGCGUCGUCACGGCAAAACCGCGGCAACUGCCGCGGCAGCAGUGCAACGGAGUGGCAAUGGAGGAUGAAGUUGACCAUGACGACGAUGACGGGGACGAUUUGCCGGCGGAAAUUAAGGAGACGAGGUUUCGCUCGGCGGCCGUGCUGUGCUUUGAGCCCUGGAGCGAGGAUCUGCUGCUGCACAAGAUCCUGAAGAUGCCACCCAGCGGUGGAGGAGGAGGCGCUGCUGCCGCUGGCGGCGGCGGCGGCGGCGGCGGGGAGAAGGAGGAGGAGGCGGGCAGCUCGUCUCCGCUCGCGCUCGCCCGGCUGCUGUGCCUGUGCAUGCGCCACGCGGCGCUGCGCUUCUCGGCGCCCGAGAUGCGCCGGCUGAUGUUGAAGAUGGCGAGUCGCAUGCAGGCUGCCGCGUGGGACAACACGAAGGAUUUCCUUGAAAAGCAUCCUGAAAGCUCUCUGGAGAGCCAGGUGAGCGCCAGCGAGGUGCCGGGCCUCGUGUGGGCCCUGCAGCCCGUCGCCCACUGGCUCGCCAACGCGCUGCACCUGCUGGCCUUCCUGCGCAACCCUGGGCCGGGGCUCGCGCGGGGCAACGCGCGAGCCCACGGAGACGCAGACGAUGAAACGCAGAACGUGGAGGCAAUGGAGGAGGCGGCGUCUGUGCUGGAAGAGGUGGUGCUCUACACCUUCCAGCAGUACGCCUUCUACAUAUGCAAGAUCCUGUACCAGGUCCUGCCAGAGCUGCUGGAGGGCACGUGCGCGGGCCAGGAGGGGCCGGCCGCGGGGCCCCAGGAGGGCCCGCCCAAGGUGGCGGCUGUGCUGGCCGUCUUCCAGGUGACCUCCGACCUCCUGGCGUGGCAAGGCGUCGACGCGAAACUGUCGGCACAGCUGGCCGGAUACCUGCUGCGCUUCUCCCACGCGCUCAUCUUCAACUCGCUCAUGGAGAGAGGCCUGGAGCGCGGCUUCCGUCCCGACGUGCGUUUCUACGCCAGCGUGAGCAUCCUCCUCACGUGGUGCACGGAGACACAGCUGGGGCAGGAGCCCCACGCCAUCCUCGCACCGGCACUCGCCGCAUCGCGCCUGCUUGCAAACCCGCCCGCGAAGCUCGCCAAGUGCUCGUGGUCGUCCCUGCGCAAGGCGUUCCCGGCACUCAGCCCCGCACAGCUGCACACCGUGCUGCGCCGGUACAGCGGCGGCGGCCCCGCCUGGGAGGCCCCGCCGGGGUGGCAGCCGGACGCGCACGAGCGGGAAGAGGCGCUCGCCAGCGAAAUCCUCGUGGGCUUCGAUGAUCAGCCCAUGAUCUCUCCGCCAUCCGAGGACACCCACGCAACAGUAGGAGACCUGGACACCGCUCCCGAGCCGGCCUUCCAGAGAAUCCUGGGGCAGGUGCAGCACUUCCUGCGUCGCCUGCAGUGCGUGAUGUCACUUCCUGUCGGCGAGGCCCAGGAGGAGGCACCCCGGUUGGAGCAGAAGCGUAAGGGGACGUUUCGAAUCUGCCGUGCCGAUGAUGCCAUGGCACAGCCCAGGCGCCCAUCUGUGAUCGGGCAGGAGAUCAGGAAGUCGUGGAGUCACAGUGGAACGCAAGACCUGUCCAUGCAGCAGCACGUUUCCCUUCGGAGACCCACGGAGAGUUUCGGACGCUACCCGAGUUUCCGCCGCUCGUCCCGGCCGCUAGUCGUCAAACACGAUGACUCGCGGUCUAAACCCGGGCGGCCAGAAAUUUCAGGUGAUGCUGACGGUGGCACUGGCGCUGGCGGCGGUGAUGGUGCCGGGACCAGUCCCUCGGAGGACUCCUCGCUCUGCGGUCAGCCAGACCAAUUUCUGCGCUUGCCCCAGCAAGGUCAAAGGUUGCCAGAGGCCUCGGCACAGGAGGAAGUGAGGAUGGGUCGCAGACGGACGGCGCUGCCAGCAGAUGGCGCCGAGGGUCAAGCCAGCGUGAAAGGUCGGACAAAUGGUGUUCAUUCUGUACGAAAAGUACCCCCUACUGUACAACGAAUAUCUCCGGCUCAUCGAAAGCUCAUGGAGAGUGACGAUGAUGGAGACCUGGUUUAAAUGUUCGUGAACAAGGAGCCGCAUCGGAACACUUCUUGGAGCCGCUAACAAAGCCGUCUGCAACGCCAUCGCCAGCACGAGUUUCACCAGCAACAUCAACUCCUAAUUCUAGAUUUGAAGCUUUCGUGACUGCAAGGAUUCGUAUUCUUAGGUUUUUUUCGGUAAAGUCACGUAGGUAACAAAUUAAGAUUAAUAAAGGUAAAAUAAAAAUUAAAUAAAAAUCACGACGUUUCGGAGGCAACGCAAGCUUCCGUCUUCAGGUGGAACCAUCACAGCACGAUUGCUGUAUCAAGAAAGAGUUAUUUCUUCAUACAACAUCAACUCUACCAUCAACUCCAUCACUAUUACCACCACUACCAGCAGCACCAACAUUACCACCAUCCAAAGCAUCCACACCCCCAUUAUCUCCACUGUGACCACCGCGACCACACCACCAACAUUUCCAGCAUCAACACUACCACCGCUGCCAAUAACGCCACCAGUAGCAUUAAACCCAAACACCAUCACUGCCAUUGUUACCAGCAGAGUAAACACUGAUGCGAGCAUCACUAUCAGAAAUAUCCUAACCACUCUCACCUCCACCCUGACCUCGAAUGUGACCAUUAGCUCCACUUAUCAACAGCAGCAGUAGCAUUGUACGUCAGCACUAGAGUUCUACGUGUAUAACCUCUAGGCACGUAACCAUUGUGCAAAAUUCAGUUAUUUGUGAAGAUGUAAAUAUGCUACCUUUGGACUAUUGGAAGGAGGAGCCAGAACAAAUAAGACCGAACAAAGGAGAGAAUUUAAACGAGGCUAAAACCUUAUUCGUGAAGCAAUUUGCAAAAAUUCAUAGAAUCGUGGGCCUAGUAACCACCACCACCACGACGUCCACCACCACCACAAAAAUCACCAUCACGUUCCUCAUAAUGAUCACCACACACAACGAAAACAAGAUCUCCUGUGUAACCUACACAGACUGCUGAGGCAAGUGCUGUUAGCACUUAUAAAGGCCAAGACAGGGCACAAGGGGUGGGGGGGGUGUGGCAAGCAUCCGCGCCUGGCUGCCUUUGUCUCCCCAGUGCUAGUCUUUACACACUUCACCAGGUACUUAAUCUAAGGCUGAGUUUACCUAGGUGAGGCCCAAAACUGGUUUAAAUAUUUAGAUGUUAGCCGUAAAUAGGAAAUCCAACUCGGGUCACCGGAUUCCUCGUGGAGUGUGUUACCCAUUAUGGGGCCGCCCAUAAAUGACGUCACGCAACGAGGGGGGGAGGGGGCGUUUGAGAAUUGUGACGUCACAUCAAAAUGCGCAACUUUAAAUAAAUAUAAACAAUAUAAUUGUUAUAACAACACUAAUUUUCACUAAUUUUCAUUAUUUACUAUUUGAUUUUUAAAAUGUACAAAGGUCACCUUUUAUUUAUUCCAUAAAGGAGCAUUUUGCUUCUCCAUGGGAGAAUGGAGAAGCAUACAUUUUUUUAAAAAUUUGAAUGAUUGUUAUUAAACAAUUUUAUUUUAAUGAUUCUACCAGGGCUUUUCAUUCUGUGAAAUUAAUAUGUGAUUGUUAUAAUUAUACUCUCCAUUUUGCUUCGUUCUUCUACAAAGUUUAAAGUAUUUUUUAUAGUUAUAAUUACUUUUAAUCUUUUAUAAUUAUAAGAGAUUUUCAAUAUAAUAUUCUGAACAUCUGCAGUUUUAGUUAGACGUUGAAUAUUUGCAAAUUAAUUUUUUUCUAAUUUUCAGUUUUCCAACGCCUCCUUUUAAAUACAUGUUUUCUCCUACAACAUCAGAGUGCAGCGCCACAUUAAAUACGCACUACAAUGACAAUAGUUUAAAGUGAUUUGAAGCAUGUUUUAUUUUCAAAAUGGAAAUAUGUUUUGGAGGGGGGGGGGCAGAGCUUUGUGACGUCAUUUGAGGGGGUCUGACUUUAUGACGCCGUGUGACGAGGGGGGGAGGGGGGGUUCAAAAAUCGGCCAAAAUCGCGUGACGUCAUUUAUGGACGGCCCCUAUGCUUCUGCCCCCCCCCACCUUAAUAACCGACACGAGCACACACAUCGCCACCAUCGCAAUAAAACACAUCGCCACCGCAACGGACGAUGGCAAAUUCAGAUGAAGGGCAAACCCCAGUGCGAUGCUGCGCUGUCCACACGCGCAAGCACUGCCGAUCCUUGCAGCUGAGUGAAUGGGACAAUUAAUGUAUUGAUAGAGGCUGACAAUCCUUCCGGGGGACUGAAUGUAUCAAAAAGUUGGGACCCUCUUUCUGUUGUGUGAUUGAAAAAUAUAUUUAUGUUUUUUUAUUUCUCGUUGCUUACAGGGGAGCCAUGGGGUUUGUAGAGACCUGAUAAACGGUCACGCCUUUGACACGGAAUGAGAGAGUGCCAAGAAAGAUCAUUGCAGAGUUUUCGCGGCGGCGUCAUGUAAAAUAUGUACAUUUAUCAACGUGGGUCGCGGGUUAAAAAAAAUAUAGCCGUAGGAGUUCAUCAAAAUGUCACUUCCGGCAAACUGUGGGCAAAAAUAUUCCGUUGUAUUUUUGUUGAGAAUGUGAAAAACAAUAUAUACAUGUCUACAAAUAAUAAAUAUGGAUGGAAAUAUUA